AUGAGGAUACUGUCGACACUGGUGUUUUCUGUCCUUCUGGGGCAAAUAGCAAGGUGUAGAGCCCUUCCCGUGAGAUCAGGCAGGAAGACGUUCAACAAGCUUCUGGUCGUCUCCUUUGACGGCUUCAGAUGGGACUAUGACCAAGAUGCGGACACUCCAAACCUGGACAAGUUAGCGCAAGAGGGGGUGAAAGCCAAAUACAUCACGCCACCCAUGAUCACUAUGACAUCCCCGUCUCACUUUACCACAAUUACUGGCAGAUGGAUUGAAGAUCACGGUGUGGUCCACAAUCUAAUGUUCAACGCUACAUCUAAACAGAUGUUUUCCCACAAGGCUACACAAAAUCGCUCUGAAUGGUGGGAUAAUGGGGUCAUGCCCCUCUGGAUCACUGCUCAGAAUCAGGGCCUAAAAACAGCAUCAUUUCACUACCCAGGAGGAGGAGCCAACUACAGUGGCCAGGCAGUGAAUCGAGCUUUGGUUGAGUCAUACACUCAUCCGGACAGCAACGAAACAGAGUGGCGUGAAAACAUCGACAUUGUUAUGGGCUGGUUUUCCCAGGAGGAUUUUGACUUUGUAACCUUAUACUAUGGGGAACCAGACAAUGUAGGGCAUAGGAAAGGACCAGAGACUGUAGAGAGAAAAGAAAUAAUAAGGCAGAUUGACCAUACCAUUGGAUACCUGAUAGAGGCCAUACAUAAGCAUAACCUGACUCAUCGUUUGAACGUUAUCAUCACCUCUGACCAUGGUAUGACCACAAUCAAGAAGAUUCCAGAGGUGCAGGAAAUCAAGCUCUCAAAUUACCUUGCUUUCUCAAAGUUGGUUGAUUUUCACCUGCUUGACUAUGGUGGCUUUGGAAUGAUUACACCCAAGCAGGGGAAAGAGGAAGAGGUGUAUAACGCCCUGGUGAACGCUCACCCAAACUUGACCGUUUACCGGAAAGGGGAGAUUCCCGAAAGCUUUCACCUGGCCAAGAACAGCAGGAUUCAGCCCAUUGUUGUCGUUGGGGAUCUUGGCUUCAACAUGAAUUCAAGAUUUAUCUUCUACGUGAAUAAAGGCGACCAUGGAUUCCACAAUGGAGAAAUGGAUAUGAAGACCAUCUUCCGUGCUUUUGGACCAGAUUUUAAAAAAAAUUACCUGGCUGAGCCUUUUGACAGUGUCAACAUCUACCCACUGAUGUGCAGACUCCUGGGGGUCACUCCUGCCCCCAACAAUGGUUCCCUGUCAUUCACAGAGGGAAUGCUGGUGGACAGUGGAAAUGCCAGUAGAAGCAAGAUGUCUUUCAUCCUUGUGGCAACCAUGGUUUUCUGCAUUUUUCUAAUGUAA